GAACCGGUGUCGGUGUCGGUGUCGGUCUGCGCGUGGCUGUGCGUUGCUGCCGUCUAGGCCACGAGAUCUUGGCUUAGCUUGCGAGUUAUGUUGACGAGAUAAGAUCGACGGGAUAAAGUUGCUCUUCGGGGCGGGGGAGCGGCAAGAGCAGCAGCAGCAGCAGCAGCAGCAGCAGCAGCAGCAGCAGGAGGAGGGAAGCGACAUGGGGAACUGGCCGUGUUGGGUUUGCCAAAAGCGGCGAGUUUAGAAUCAACGCGGGGCUGGGGGCGGGGGCGAUGUAGUGAGGAAGCGGACACUGCCUGGAGCGUAUCCACCGGAGGACCUCUUCAUUUGAAAUCACGUUUCCGGAGAAAAGUGGGAGCUGUCAAAGUCGAGUCAGGGAGGGAGGGAGGAAGGGGCGGGGGGCGUUAAGCUAGCAGCGAGCUAGCUGGCUCGCCGCACCGCUGGCUGCUAAUCUCUCCAAGUGGCACGUUGCCGAUGGCCUCUCGGCAAGCCGCGGACGCGCGUCCCGCCGCGCACCAACGCAACGGGAGCGCCCGUCGGGAGUGUCCGGGCAGGAACCGGGCCGCCGUUCUCAGGCUUCACUUGUAUCACAGCGUCCGGGGAGAGCCCGAGCGCGAGUUCCUGGCCUACCCGGCCGGCCGUUACGUGGCCGAGGAGCUGUGCGUCGACGCCGCCAAAGCGUGCGGUAUCUCGCCGCUCUACUUCAGCCUCUUCGGCCUGUUCAGGGAGCGAGACCGCCUGUGGUUGUCGCCCAGCCACCUUUUCCAGCUGGACCGCUCGGCCUCCGAAGACGUGUUCUUCCGAAUCAGGUACUACUACCCCGGCUGGUACGGCGCCGGCGCGUCCCGGGCUUAUCGCUACGGCGCGGCCAAGGGCUCGGAAAGCCCCGUGCUGGAUGAUGACGUCAUGUCGUACCUCUUUUAUCAGGUGAGUGCGCUCGGCGGCUCGGUGGAGCUCUCCGACUCGCACGAGACGCAGGAGGAGUGCCUCGGUCUGGCCGUGCUGGACAUGAUGCGGACCGCCAAGGAGAAAGAGAUGGCGCCGCUGGACGUCUACCGCGCCACAAGCUACAAGUCGUUCCUGCCCAAGGGCCUGCGGGCGCAGAUCGAGCGGCGCGGCUUCCUGACGCGCAAGCGCAUCCGCUUGCGCUUCAAGCGCUUCGUGGAGCGCUUCGGCCGCUUCGGCGCCAGCGCCCGCGACCUCAAGCUCAAGUACCUGAUCAGCAUGGAGGCGCUGGAGAAGGCCUUCUACACGGAGAGCUUCCGCGUGCGCGAGCCGUCCGGCGGCGCCCGGCUGGUCCUGCUGGUGGCCGCCGACACCGGCGUCCAGUGGUGUCGCCCCGCCGCCAAAGAUUCUCCCCAGGAGCCGCAGACGGUGUGCGACUUUCCGGAAGUGGUCGACAUUAGCGUCAAACAGGCCGGCAAGGAGGCCGCCUCCGAGAGCCGCCUGGUCACCAUCAGCAAGCGGGACGGCAACAACCUGGAGCUGGAGUUCCCCGGUCUGGCCGAAGCGCUCUCCUUCGCAUCCCUGAUCGACGGUCACUACCGGCUGACGGCGGACGCGCAUCAUUACCUUUGCAAAGAAGUGGCGCCCCCCCGGCUGCUGGAGGCCGCGGCCUGCCGCUGCCACGGCCCCGUCUCGUAAGUCCGCCCCACGCCGCGACGGCAAGAAAAACGCGGGAGAGCCCUUCGGAUUGAUUUUGCACGCGCCCUCUGCCAGGUGCGCGGCUCGGUGGAGUACAAACACUGCCAGAUCACCAGGUCGUCCGGCGGCGAGUUCAACCUCAGCGGAACCAAGAGGAACUUCGCCAGCCUGAAGGAUCUGCUGAGCUGCUACCGAAAGGAAGCCGUGCGCUCCGACAGCUUCGUUUUCCGCUUCAGCAAGUGCUGCGCCCCCAGAGCCAAGGAAAAGUCCUGUCUCGUGGUGUGUCGGAGAAACAAGGCGCCCGACGUGCCUCCCUCGCCGUCACUGCAUCGACCCAGCGUCAGCCAGAUGGUCUUUCACACCAUCAAGAAGGAAGACCUGCAGUUUACGGAGAGCCUCGGCAGAGGGACCUUCACCAAGAUCUUCAAAGGCGUGCGCCAGGAGCUCGGAGACUACGGCCUCGUGCACCAAACCGAAGUGGUCGUGAAAGUCUUGGACCGGGCCCACAGGAACUACUCCGAGUCCUUCUUCGAAGCGGCCAGCAUGAUGAGCCAGCUCUCCCACAAGCACUUGCUUCUCAACUACGGCGUGUGUGUUUGUGGCGAAGAGAACAUGAUGGUGCAGGAGUAUGUCAAGUUUGGCUCGCUGGACACCUACUUGAAGAAGAACAACAACUCUGUCAACAUCGCGUGGAAGCUGGAGGUGGCCAAGCAGCUGGCCUGGGCCAUGCACUUCCUGGAAGAGAAGGGCCUGGUCCACGGAAACGUGUGCGCCAAAAACGUGCUGCUGAUCCGAGAGGAGGACCGGCGGCUCGGGAACCCGCCCUUUGUCAAGCUCAGCGACCCCGGCGUCGGCAUCGCCGUCUUGCCCACAGACAUUUUGAUGGAGAGGAUCCCCUGGGUGCCCCCCGAGUGCAUCGAGGACCCCGCCCGGCUCAGCCCGGCGGCCGACAAGUGGGGCUACGGCGUCGCUCUUUGGGAACUCUGCAGCGGCGGCGAAAGGCCGCUGGCGGCGCUGGACGACUCCGAGAAACGGCGCUUCUACGAGGACCGGCGCGGGCUCCCGGCGCCCAAGUGGACCGAGCUGGCCGACCUGAUCGGCAGCUGCACCGACUACGAGCCCGCCUUCCGGCCCAGCUUUCGCGCCGUCAUCCGGGACCUGAACGGCCUCUUCACGCCAGAUUACGAGCUGAUCGGAGACGGCGACGUCCUUCCCGCCCGGACGGCGGGAGGCUUGGAGAGUCGGGAGCCGGCGCAGUUCGAGGAGAGACACCUGCGAUUUUUACAGCAGCUCGGAAAGGGCAACUUUGGCAGCGUGGAGAUGUGCCGUUACGACCCGCUGCAGGACAACACGGGCGAGGUGGUGGCCGUCAAGAAGCUGCAGCACGGCACCGCCGAACACGUGCGCGACUUUGAGCGCGAGAUCGACAUCCUCAAGUCUCUGCAGCACGACAACAUCGUCAAGUACAAAGGCGUCUGCUACAGCUUUCGCCGUCGCAAUCUGCGCCUCGUCAUGGAAUACCUUCCUUUCGGAAGCCUGCGAGACUACCUGAUCAAGAACAAGGAGAGGAUGGACCGCCACAAGCUGAUGCGCUACACCUCGCAGAUCUGCAAGGGCAUGGAGUACCUGUCCGGCAAGCGCUACAUUCACCGCGACCUGGCCACGCGCAACAUCCUGGUGGAGAGCGAGCGGCGCGUGAAGAUCGGCGACUUUGGGCUGAGCAAAGUUCUGCCCCAGGACAAGGAGUACUACUUGGUCAAAGAGCCGGGGGAGAGCCCCAUCUUUUGGUACGCCCCCGAGUCGCUGACGGAGAGCAGGUUCUCCGUGGCGUCGGACGUGUGGAGCUUCGGCGUGGUGCUCUACGAGCUCUUCACCCACAGCGAGAAGAAUUGCAGCCCGCCGGCCAUUUUCAUGUCCAUGAUGGGCAACGACAAGCAGGGCCAACUGAUCGUCUACCACCUGAUGGAGCUGCUCAGGUCGGGCAGCAGGCUACCGCAGCCCGUCCGCUGUCCCGCCGAGAUUUACGAGCUCAUGGUGGAGUGCUGGGCCAACGACUCGAGCCUGCGUCCGUCUUUCAGCGAGCUGACUCUGCGCAUCGAUCUGCUCGGGGACGCCGACUGACCGCCCGCCCGGCCGCCCGACGAGGCCGCUCUCGCCCCAAGUGCCUCGGCUCUUCUCUUUUCGACUUGAUGCCUACCAGGAAAAAAACCCAA